AGGAAAAUAACUGGACAGAACAAAUAUUGAAAGAUAUAUUAGAAAUUUAUAAAACAAAACAUUAGGGACAAUUUUCAGUAAAUUCCAGGCUUUCUCCCCUGUGUAGAAUUUUUCCUGUGACUGUCUGAGAUAAUUUUCCGCUCUUUGAAGCAAGACAUGGAAGCAGCUUUAGUAGGGUUACAUGUGCAUUCUUCACUCAUUUACAUGGAAUGGGAGAAAUCUUGGUGAAAGUGCAAGAUUUACCUGAGAGGCAUUUCAGCUUUAACACUUCUCCCCUGAUAUCAUGUGGGUUGUGUUCAUGGUAUAAUGGUCAAUUUCUGCACAGGUAACUAAGGACUCAGUGCUAGAUUACAUGCAGGCUGCCUCAUCUGAUCUGAAGUCUUGCUGGUUUUGUGUCUCUAAAAUCCCUGUUUUGUUGUAUGGGAGUAACUAGGUUUUGCUUCACUUCCAAAGUUACUCUGCAUGAUUGACCAUGAAUGCUAGUGGCCCAGGAUAUCCAUUAGCCUCUCUCUAUGUGGGAGAUUUGCAUCCAGAUGUGACUGAAGCCAUGUUGUAUGAGAAAUUUUCACCUGCUGGACCAAUUAUGUCCAUCAGAGUUUGUCGAGAUGUCGCCACACGCCGAUCCCUGGGUUAUGCAUAUAUAAAUUUUCAGCAGCCUGCUGAUGCUGAGCGGGCCUUGGAUACUAUGAAUUUUGAAGUGAUCAAAGGUCGUCCUAUUCGCAUCAUGUGGUCUCAGCGAGACCCAGGGCUCAGGAAAUCGGGUAUUGGGAACAUCUUCAUCAAGAAUCUAGAUGAUUCCAUUGAUAACAAAGCCCUGUAUGAUACAUUUUCAGCUUUUGGGAAUAUCCUUUCAUGCAAGGUUGUUUGUGAUGAGAAUGGAUCCCGGGGUUAUGGCUUUGUUCAUUUCGAGACCCAUGAGGCUGCAAGCAGAGCAAUUGACACAAUGAAUGGGAUGCUUCUCAAUGACCGUAAGGUCUUUGUGGGCCACUUUAAAUCUAGGAGAGAGAGGGAAGCGGAAUAUGGAGCCAAAGCAAUGGAAUUCACCAAUGUUUACAUUAAAAACUUUGGAGAUGACAUGAAUGAUGAGAGGCUGAAAGAAAUAUUCUCAAAAUUUGGAAAGACUCUGAGUGUCAAGGUCAUGCUGGAUAAUGCAGGCCGCUCGAAAGGGUUUGGGUUUGUCAAUUUUGAGAAACAUGAAGAUGCUCAGAAGGCUGUGGAAGACAUGAAUGGGAAGGAGAUCAAUGGGCAAGUGCUGUAUGUUGGCAGGGCUCAGAAGAGGAUAGAACGCCAGAGUGAGCUGAAACGUAAAUUUGAGCAAAUCAAACAAGAAAGAGUGAGCCGAUACCAGGGAGUCAACCUGUAUGUAAAGAACCUGGAUGAUGGGAUUGAUGAUGAACGGCUGAGGAAAGAAUUCUCUCCAUAUGGAGCCAUCACUAGUGCCAAGGUGAUGACGGAGGGUGGACACAGCAAGGGUUUUGGGUUUGUAUGUUUUUCCUCCCCAGAAGAGGCGACAAAGGCUGUGACUGAAAUGAAUGGAAGGAUAGUCAGUACCAAGCCUUUGUACGUUGCCUUGGCCCAGCGGAAGGAGGAGCGGAAAGCCAUUCUCACCAACCAGUACAUGCAGAGGCUGGCUAGCUUGAGGGCCUUGCCUGGCCCCCUCCUUUGCCCCUUCCAGCCUCCAGCAGGCUACUUCAUGCCCUCCAUGCCCCAGCAUCAAACCAGAACAACUUUCUACAGUCCUAGCCCUGUUGCCUCUGUCCGCCCGGCUCCCCGUUGGAAUGCACAGCCUUCCAGGCCUCCAUCAUCCUACCACUCAACCACUCCAAUCCUGAGGUCUAGUGCGCCUCCUCGACGCCUGCUGUCCAACAUCAGCACUAUGAGGCAAGCAUCCACUCAAGCUCCCAGGGUGCCACCCAAUGCCCAGAGAGUGGCCAACAUAGGGACCCAGACAGUCAGUGUUCGGGCACCCUCAUCACCAACCUUCUCCCGUGGUAUCUCACAGUACAAAUACUCCUCAGCAGUAAGGAAUGUCCAGCCCUUGACCUCAGUAACACCAAUGCCAAUGCAGCAGGUUAUUGAACCUGUUGUUCACAUCCAUGGUCAGGAGCCACUGACGGCCUCCAUGUUGGCAGCAGCCUCUCCUCAGGAGCAGAAACAAAUGCUUGGUGAGCAUCUCUACCCUCUCAUUCAUGCGAUGCACCCCUCUCUGGCUGGGAAGAUUACAGGCAUGCUGCUGGAGAUAGAUAAUUCUGAGCUGUUGCUUAUGCUGGAGUCAUCAGAAUCCCUCCAUUCUAAGAUCGAGGAAGCAGUUGCUGUACUGCAAGCACAUCAGAUCUCUGAGGUAACCCGUAAGAGUGGCUCGGCAGCAUACCUGCAGUGACCAAGGUGGCAUGGAAGACUUGGACAAGAAAAUGGACAACCCUGCUGAGGAUAGACACACAUCAAGGCAGAAGUGCUUCAUCCGUAAUGCUGUAAAAGUAUUUGUUUUGCUUUUGCGUAUGUGUAUAAACUGGUUCUUUGUGCAAGAGUCUAGGUAUUUAAAUUACAUUUUCUUUUGUGCACUUAAGAUCCAUCGCGAUUUUCUUUCCCACUAAUAUUGUACUUAUGUUUCAAAUAUAUGCAGGUAUGAUAGUCAUGAGAGUGCUCUUCCAGCAACUCUAGCAGGUGGGAACGUUUAUUGACAAUGUAAUAGGAAAAUGAUGUGAAACAGAAUGAUUCCAUUGUUUUGAUUUUUCAAAUGUUAAUUUCUCAGUGCUGGUCAUUUUUAGUAGCCUUAAUCAUAAACCAGUACUGGGACCUGUAACACUAAUUUAUUUGUUCCUGCUGUUGGCAUGAUAUAGUGCUGAAAUGUCACUUAAUCAUUGCUUAUGUCCUUUCCUAGAUAUGUUUGUUCACUGUAUAGAUGGCAUUAACCACUACACUUCUGGAUUCAGGAGUAUACCCAAAACUUUUCAGGCAUGGAAUGAACCAAGGUGAUCUGUUAUUCACUUUCAAUAAAGCCAGUUGGCACAUAUGACACUUGCAAAAAGGCUUUUAUACUGCAUGAUAGAAGGAACUCU